AUGGCGCGUCUCAGUGGCCUUCCCUCUGAGCACCACCACGAGGGUCCUGGCGACGCUCCACGCCGCAAGCGCGGCCGCCCAUCAAAACACCACACGCCUUCCGAAGAGAUGAGUUCGGCGGGCAAGCGCACCGCCUCGCCCACUGCAGAGAUCUCGCAGACGAAGCGUAUGAAGCGGAUUGAAGCCGACGAUGACGAUGAAGACCAGGACCAGAUCGCCGAGGAGAUUCAGCAGUCCUUCUCGCGCUCGCAGCGGGCUGGCGAGACCAUCAACGUGCAGACGCAGACCCAAACGCAGACCCGCAAAACUACCCGCCGACACUCUGAGCCCCCCGUUGCCGUAUCCGAUGACGAGGACGAACUCAUGGGCUUUCCAUCUACUCAGCCCCUACCCGGUCUGACACCCCACCUCGACCGCGUCGGUGCCUCCCGUAGCCGCUUCACCACUGCGCGCCGUGCCCGCAUGUCGAUGCCAGCGCAGCUGCAGAUUGAGCGUGUGGACGAAAUCGACGAGAACCACACCAACCACGUCCAGUUCGCACCCCUUACACAAGUCCUUGACAACCGCGCCCGUCGCCGUCUGCGCCGUAGCCACCUUAGUCAGGAGGUGAACAGCUUUGAAGACCACCAGAAGAAGGACAAGAAGAUGUUCCUGGAGCUGCGCCGCCAGCUGCGGGAACAGGAUGAGAAAAUUAAGGACUUGGAAUACCGUCUCGAGGCCCGUCGGCUUGGAGAGAUCGACCUCUCUGAUGCGCAUGCCGAUGAGCUGCAAGUUGAGCUGGACGAGGCUCGGCAGCAAAUCGAUGAGCUACGUGCCUCCUCGCUGUACAACGGCGACGACAACGACACUGGUGCUGCUCUUUCUGACGACGAUGACGAUGCCCUUGUCAUGGUAAACCCCGACGAGUUGCACUUGUCGCAAGAUUUGGACAUGGAGCCUGUGCCCAAUGGAAAAUACACCGAACGUGCGCUUGAGAUUGCGAGCCAGAUGACGCUUGAAUCUUUGCCAACACUCUCUCAGCUCAACCGCGACAGCUUGAUGGAAGGCGAGAGUGUCGUAGUAGACAGGAUCGACGAGCAGGUUGUCGAGCGAUAUGAGCGGGAACUGCAGCAGAUGAGCAAGACACUGGGCGAAUCUCAGGGUGCGCUGCGUGUCAUCACUAUUGCACUCCAGAACCUCCGCUACGUAGAGGCCGGUGCUUCCUCUAUCGAUAUCCUCAAUAACCUACGCCAAGGAUUCGAGGACCUACGAGCGCAGACCGAGAAGUUUUUCCCAGGCACCACUGCUGGCCUUACAAACCAGCAGCUCCAUCGCAAGGUUCCCCAGCUCUUCAGUGGUAUCUUCUACGAGCUCAACGAGAAGCUGGCCAUGCUCCACGAUUCCCAGAAGACUGAAGUGCUUCUGCGACGACAGUAUGAGGGUGUCCUCGAUCUGCUGGGUGAAUCCGAGGAGCGGGUGAAGGAGCUGGAGGCGAACGUCUCCACGCUCGACAAGACCAACGAGGACAAGCAGCGCGUCAUCCUUGAACUUGAGGAGCGCAACACUGCCUUGACGACCUUGACCAGUGAACAGGAAAUCAAACUCAACCAACAAGAUGACCAGAUUGCUGGCCUUGAGAAUGAUAAUCAAAACAAGGACACCUCCCUACAGCGACUCCGCGAAGCUCUCGACAAGUAUCGGGAGGACCUUGACCAUGUCACGACCACUGCAACGGAAUUCGAAGCUACACAUCACGACAUGAUCGCACGCAUUGAGCAAGAACAUGCCACCGCCAUGGAAGAGCUGGAGGCUGAGCGAGCCGCCGAGCAAGAAGGCCGGCUAGCCGCCGAGGCUGAUGUUGACCAGAAGAACGAAUACAUACAACAGCUGGAAGAGAGUAUCACUCGCAUGGAGGCUGAAGUUGACAAUAUCACCGCCGAAAUCUCCGCGCUCACACAGCGUCUGGGCGAAGAAGAAGAGGCACGCAAAGAUGCCGAGCAGGACCGCGAUGAACAGGUUGAGCAGGUCUAUCAACAUGCCAACACCAUCGAGAACCUCAACGAGACCAUUACUGAGCUCAGGGAACAGCUUGCUGACGCCCGUGAAAACCUGGAGGCUGAGCGUGCUCAACGCGAACAAACUGAGGCCGAUCUCGAUGAGGCGAAGACGAGCAUCGAAGAACUCUCCAACCGUCUUCACAACACCGGCCUCCAGGCUAACGAGCUUCGGUCCAAGCUUUUUCAGCUCCAGCAGGAAAAAGAGGCCGCCAUCAGUGAACUUGAGCAGGAGGCUGAAGAGCGCGAAGAUGACCUCAACAAUCAGCUCGCGGCCGAGACUAAGCUUCGUGAGGCUGGUGAGGACACCAUCGAGCAGUUGAAGCAGGACAUCUUGGACCUGCAAGCCCAAAUCGCGACGCUCGAUGACAACCUCGACGACAUGACACAGGCUCGCAACGACCUUGAACAAGAGCGAGACGUUCAAGUCGAGAAGCUUUACUCUCAGCUUGAACAAGUAGAGACAAAGUACUCUGCACUCGAAAAUUCGACCAAAUCUACCAUCACAUCUUUGCAAGCCAACAUCACGGACCUCAACAACCAGGUGCAGCAGCAGCAAAAUGACAUUGAUGACCUCAUGGAGCAAGUUGCUGAGAGAGAUCGAGCUUAUCUAGAGGACACAACCGCUCUCAAGGACGAGGUUGAUGUUCUCAAGAACGACCUCACAAAGAAAGAGGCUGAGAACGAGGCCUACCGCAGGGAAAAUGAUUCGCUCUCCCGGCGUGUUGAGAACGAGGCAAAUGAACUGCUCAACAUUGUCGGCUCGCACAACGAUCAAGUCAACUCACUUAACGCUGUCAUCAAGUCCAAUGAAGCUACUAUCAAGAACCUGCAAGACACAUCCGCGAAGCGUGCCACAGAGUUCGAAGAGAUGCUUGAGGAGCGCAACAAGGAGAUCACCGAGAUGCGCCUUGAAGGUGAGGCUCGUGCCGAGUCGAUUGUCAUUCUGGAAGCCCAAAUCGAAGACAUGAAGGAGCGCUUCCGUCUUACCACAGAGGAUAACCAGGCCACCAUCGAUGCCUUGACCCUUUCUCAACGACAACUCCAGGAGCAGAACGAGCGUCUUGCCGAUGACCUCAAGCGUCGCAACCAGGAGACUCUUCGAGUUAUCCAGGAGAUGAAGCACAAGCGCAUCGAAGUAAAGACCCAAGGCGUAGAUCUCCACCGCGUCAUCAACGGUAAAGUGGCCAAGACAAGCGAGAAGAUCAAGAUUGGUAAGAAGGGUAAGAAGAAGAUUGCCAAGCGCCAAUGGGAUUCUGGAUUUGGUGUCGACGAGGCCGUUGAGGACGAAGAGCUCAAUGGCGAAGAGCCACUUGCCGCAUAG